AAUUACCAAGGAGAAGUAUCUUUUUUUGUCGGAAAUUAAACCCUAGCUAGCCUCUUGUUUUAACACAACCAGAACAGCACAAAGCCCUUAUCUUUUGUAUAACAUCAAUCCUUAACGCCAAACGUUGAAUAACUGAUACAAACUUUACAAAAGAAACGAAUAAAAACGACCAUCGACCAAAGAUAUAAUAUGAAGCAGACAAGUCUGAAGUUGACGACCAUCGUUUUAGGGGUUUUCUUCAUCAUUCUUCUUCUUCUUCUUCAAAGGCCUCGAGGUGGAUCGAGCAAUGGAGAUCUCUCGAUGGGACGGAAGUUAACAGCUAUGGAACCGAUUGAAGCCAGAAAUGUAGCAAGAUCGUUGGAAGAUUCAAUAUGGAGAGAUCAUUUCGAGAGAGAGGUCGAUCAUCUGAUGAAGCACGAAUAUCCUUCACCCGUGAAGCCAAGGAAAAGAACUCCGGUUCACAAUGGCUUGCCUAAUGGUCACUAGUUGACCCUUGUCUGUUACCUAUUAUUGUUCCUUCAGUUUUAUUUAAUAUAAGUUUGUUAAAAUCAGAAAAUGGACGUAUAUCAUGUAAUGCUGAAUAUUAGUAUAUUUCUUAUUUACAUCUUCUAUUGAACUUUUAGAGUGAUUGUAUUGUCUUUAGUUUUUGAAAAGUUUUCGAAGUUCCC